AUGUCAGACUUUUUGAGAUCUUCAUCAAUUUCUUCUCCUUCUACUCGUUCUGCAUUCUCUAGACGUCGAUUUGUUACUCUUAAAUUAGCCGACCUUCCAUUAACCGCUUCUUCAUCAAUACCCCCACUAUCAACUAGGGCUUCAACAGCGACUUCUUUAUCGGUUGGACCUUUGUCCGUUGGAUCAUUACCAGCCGAACUUCCACUCCCAUCAAUUGAACCUUCAUCAAAAAUAUCGAUUUCAGGUAGAUUUCCAUUCCCUGAACCUUCAUUAGCUACAUCCUCAUCUUCCGGUACUCAAUUACUUGAACCUCGAUUACUUGAACCUCGAUCUUUGGGAACCCGAUUAGAUGGUCACCCCAUAGAUGGUCCGGACUACCAAGUAUCAAAUGGAUCAAAACCUGAAGUAUAUCACAUUGAUGUGAAAACAUUCCCAACUGCUUCUCCAUGUACUGUCUAUAAGUUGCCAGCUCUUGGAUACGAUGCCUCUGAUAUAAUUGCUGUUAUUGGAAAGGUGCCGGGUUGGGCGACUUUGAAAGUGAUGCUUGCCACCGCCGUGCUAAAAUUUGGGAGAUGUGCACAACCCCAUCUACCUUCAAGAUUUUUUCUGAAGGUACAGAAGGUGUCUUGGGUACCCAUGAAAUUUGAGAAAAACUUUAUCGAAAGGCGGAAUGGAAUCUGGCUGUGCUGCAAUAAAACCCUGAAUUUUUCCGGUUGUUUACAAAUUAAUCUGAGUCUUGAGAUCGACUUUUUUUAA